CGCGCUGUGCCGCGUCGAGCCGCCCCGCCGAACCAAAAUAAAACAGAUAGAAGAGGAACAAAGUGAGAAGUUACUUAACAUAAUGAAGUUACUCAUCAUCUGCACAGCAGCUCUGGCCACACUUGUCACACGACUAGAUGCUGCUUACAGUAAGAAGCACUACAAGCUACCACAUAAAUAUGGACCAGAAUACAAGGAUUGCAAUUGUUUAAAUGGAGGAACCUGCAUUACCUACUACCUCUUCAGCCGAAUUAAUCGCUGCCUAUGCCCAGAAGGGUACAGUGGAAUUCACUGUGAAAUUGACACUGACAGCAAAUGUUAUAUGGAGAAUGGUGAGGACUACAGAGGAACUGCAACAGAAAAGGAAUGUCUGCCAUGGGACCUCCCCUCAGUCAUCAGGAGGGAUAGAUACCACGCUGACUUGGAGAGUGCCUUGCAGCUUGGACUGGGCAAACACAAUUACUGCAGAAACCCCAAUGGAAGGAGCAGGCCCUGGUGUUACACCAAAAAGAGGUUCAGCAUUCAAGAAACACCUUGCAAUAUACAGAAGUGUCGUGCAGAAAGUGAGCCCACCUGUGGUCAAAGGAGCUUCAGCAAGUACUUCAAGAUUGUUAGUGGAAGCCAGGCAGAGGUUGAGUCUCAGCCUUGGAUAGCUGGCAUCUUCCAAAACAUAAAGGGCACUGACCAUUUUUUGUGUGGUGGCAGCCUCAUUGACCCUUGCUGGGUGCUUACAGCAGCACACUGUUUCCAUGCUCAGUUAAAAGACAAAUUGGCCUACAAAGUCUUCCUUGGAAAGUCCAUACUGAAUGCUACUGAUAAUAAAGAGCAAGUGUUCAUGGUGGAUGACAUCAUCUCUCAUCCUGACUUUACAGAUGAAACGGGUGGCAAUGAGAAUGAUAUUGCUUUGAUAAGAAUAAAGACAGCUUCUGGACAGUGUGCAGUAGAAACCAAAUAUGUCAGAACAGUCUGCUUGCCAGAGAAGAACCUUCACCUACCAGACAAUACCCAGUGUGAAAUUUCUGGUUAUGGAAAACAGGAUUUCUAUGACAUCUUCUAUGCUCAAAGACUGAUGUCUGCCAACGUGAACUUAAUAUCACAGAGAAAAUGCACACAUGAAUACUAUGACAAUAUCAGAGUUACUGACAACAUGGUCUGUGCUGGAGACUCCACAUGGAAAACUGAUGCAUGCAAGGGGGACUCCGGUGGCCCCAUGGUCUGUGAGCACAAUGGCAGGAUGAUGCUUUACGGGAUUGUCAGCUGGGGAGAUGGCUGUGCGAAGAAAAACAAGCCUGGCGUCUACACCAGAGUCACUCGAUACCUUAGCUGGAUUGAGUCCAACAUGAAUGCAGUACAUACCAAAAGUCGUCCUCUCCCUGACCGCAAAUGACCUUUUCUGCACGCAUGGAGUUGAAGUACUAGCACCAGAAGAAUGGGAUUAAGCCUGUACUUGUGCCAGGACACUGAAGUCCUGUAUGUCACUGAAGCUGAGUCAUGUAUGUUCCUCACUAGAGGCAUUUAAUUACAAAUGCUCAUGUCGUCUGCUGCUCAUAUCAGUGUUUCUGAUGCACAGACAGUGACAUAUUUCUCUACUCUAAAUUACCUGAAAACCACUCCAUGGGAAACUGAAAAUAUUUAACAUUUAAAUGAGUAUUCCCAUGUAUGAUACAAUACAUAUCAGGUUAUCUGCCUGCUUCAUUUAUGAACCAGUGUGUGGUCCAGAAGUAUUGGUACAGUUAAUUUAUUUAACUCAAGUGUACACUUUGUACAUAGACUGUGUUUAAAAAAAGAACUCGUCUUUCCUCUCAUCAUAUUGAAGAAGGCCAGCACUGAAGUAGGCCAGCACUGAAGUCCUAGAAACCUAAUCUGUUUAAACUAGUAUGGCAGAGGCAAUCAAGCUUUGUUGCACCUGAAAGCGAAGGAAAUAGCAACAGCAUUAGCUAUUGCUAAUGCACAAAGGAGGACUAAAAUCUAGCCUGGAGCAAUAGUUGUCAUAUGAGGUUCAAUCCUGUAGUCCCAACAUAUAUUUAAGGUCUUAGAGAUGGCAAUAGUAGCUGUGUCAGCAUAAAAACCUCUUAAGGCACUCUACUCAUCUACUUAAGGACUGUGAUGCAAGGUACCAGACUCUAUAUUUUUUGACUGGACUUCCAGGUCACAUCUGAAGAUAUCUGGGUCCCCUUUAAACUCUGAUCCUACUGCCUUUCUAAUGUAUGUAUGCACCUAGAAGAGGAUCUAAGUACUCAAAGGCUUUUGGUAGCUUCUGAUCAAUCAAUACCUAUUGAAUGCUGCAGAUAGUAAAUGUCAAACUAUUGUCUAUUCAUAACUGAUAUUGUAGGGAAGCUACUUCUUUCUCUAAGACUGAUAUGCUGGUUUUAUUUUUUUAAACUUGUCUUUGUUUAAUAGAUUGUAUGAGGGC